UGAAACAACGUUCAGUUGUUUUCCGUUCGCGUUCUUUCGAACUUGGGUCGUCGGUCAUACCCGUUUAUUGCCGAUUUUUUCACGACUUUUUCUAUAUUUUUUUUUUAUUUUUAUUUUCUUUUCAAUUUUUUUUUAUAUUUUUCUUUCCACGUCGAAAAUACCAAAAAAAUCUCUUCUGUACGGUUUAAUAAACUAAUCAGUAAAGUUUGUUUUACUACUUAAAUACCGAUAUAAAGUACGUCUGGUGAACAAACAGUGUUAUAUUUAUGUGUAUAAUAUUCUCGCACGUGCUAGUUUUAUAUCGUACAAGUCUAACCAAGUUGGAUUAGUUCAGAGUGUGGUAAUAGUGGAGUUGCAUUUCUAUGAUAAACAGAAUAGAAUGACAAAAACAGCACCCAAAACCAAUCAGACGUUCUCGAUCGAAGAUACAACGUAAAUCACCCCAAAAACCACCCGGAAAUUCCCUUUACCCGGCCCACCAAUCCACCAAAACGGCUCUCAGCGACACCUGCCGUCAGCAGCACGCGAUCGGGCAUCACCGUUGGACGUCGGCGUCCGCGCGCCCCGCCCACAAGCAAGUCGCGCACGCUCAACAGAAGCAACGCUCGUCGUCGGCCGCGCGGUCGUCGGGCAUCAUCGGCAAGGCUUCGGGCGUGGCGGUGACCUUGAAAGAGUGGUGGCGUGAUGUGGGGCUGUGCCCCGGCCGCCCCACGUCUGCGCCCAAGGGGGCGGCAGCAGGCGUAGGAGGGCGCGCCGUACGCGCCAGGCGCGUGAGCCUGCGCUCCAUGGGCCAGUCGUUCAGCAUGUGCAAGUUCAACAGUUGCAGACAUAAGAAAAGUUUACAACUGCGCAGUGGCGGAAGCGGAGAAACGGGCGAGGCGCGCAUGCCCGUGAACGAUGGGUUCGUACGCAGCUCAACCGGAACCAACCAGUACGAUCCGGAAUAUGCCCGGAUGGAGGCGUGGCUCGACGAGCACCCGGAUUUCGUCCAGGACUAUUUUCUCAGGAAGGCCACGCGCCAAGUUGUGGACUCCUGGCUGGUGUCCCACGCCACUCCCGCCUCGUCCAGCGUCGAACUGGCCUCCCCCACCCACGGACUACCAGGGGGGUCGUCCAGGGGCGGCUCGGGGGCCACGACGCCCGUACGGAAAAUAUCCGCGCACGAGUUCGAACGGGGUGGAUUGCUUAAACCCAUGAUCAGCACGGUUGAUGGACAACCAACCUUUCUGACAAGUACAACAGAAGAUGUUAGUGGUACUAUGACCACAUCUAGUCCAACGCCCAGUAGGAGGCACAGAAGGAGUAGGCAUGAGUUAAGGCAAUUAGACGAAAAAGAACUCAUUUUUGAGUUGGUAAAAGAUAUAUGUAACGAACUAGAGGUCAGAUCUCUAUGUCACAAGAUCCUUCAAAACGUUUCUAUGCUUCUCCACGCCGAUAGGGGGAGCCUCUUUCUGGUUCAAGGGGAAAGGGAAAGGGGCGGGGGAUGUUCACCCCACCACCAGAACGGUACCAGUGGCACACCAAGAAGUCGAUGUCUAGUGUCCAAAUUGUUUGACGUUUGCUCUCGCAGUACUUUAAUGGAAAUGGAGAAAAAAGACGAGAUUAGAAUACCUUGGGGCACUGGAAUUGUAGGUUAUGUCGCAGAAAGUGGAGAACCCGUCAACAUUCCAGAUGCAUAUCAGGAUGACAGGUUUAAUCAUGACAUUGACACAUUGACAGGGUACAGGACCAAAACUCUCCUUUGCAUGCCGAUUAAAGAUACCAAUGGUGACGUCAUAGGUGUUGCUCAGGUGAUAAACAAGAUGGGUGACCAACCUUUUACCAAACAAGACGAAGAAAUUUUUUCCAGUUAUCUGCAAUUCUGUGGAAUAGGAUUAAGAAACGCUCAUCUUUAUGAAAAGUCACAGUUGGAAAUCAAACGGAACCAAGUACUGCUGGAUUUAGCCAGGAUGAUUUUCGAGGAACAGUCUACCAUAGAGCACGUAGUCUUCAGAAUAUUGACGCAUACGCAGAGUUUGAUACAAUGUCAACGAGUACAGAUAUUGCUAAUGCAUCCAGGUUCUAAAAUCAGCUUUUCCAGGGUGUUCGACUUUGAAGCUAAUGAUCUCAAUGGUGAAGACGGCGAAUCUCGAACAAGUCCAUUUGAAAGUAGGUUUCCUAUCAAUAUUGGAAUCACAGGACAUGUAGCCACAACAGGAGAGACUGUCAACAUUGCACAAGCUGACGAAGAUCCAAGAUUCGACCAUACAGUUGAUGAUGGAACUGGUUUCAAGCACAAAACCAUCCUUUGUAUGGCCAUCAAGAACUCUUCAGGGGAUAUCAUAGGCGUCAUACAACUGAUCAACAAGUUUAAUGAUUUGCCUUUUACGAAAAAUGAUGAAAACUUUGUUGAAGCCUUUGCAAUUUUCUGCGGUAUGGGCAUCCACAACACGCACAUGUUCGAAAAAGCAAUGGUGGCAAUAGCCAAGCAAAACGUCACUUUGGAAGUAUUAUCUUACCACGCCACUGCCAGUUUGGAAGACGCGCAAAAAUUGAGGGCUCUAAGAGUCUCAUCAGCUGCAAAUUAUGGGCUGUAUAAUUUCGAUUUUGAUGACAUCAACAUGGAUGACGACGAAACUCUUACUGCCUGUAUUAGAAUGUUCUUGGAUCUUGAUCUUGUAGAACACUUUCAUAUUGACUAUGAGGUGUUAUGUCGAUGGUUGUGCUCAGUAAAGAAGAACUACAGGAACGUCACUUAUCACAACUGGAGGCAUGCCUUCAACGUGGCUCAAAUGAUGUUCGCAAUUGUCACCUCAACACAAUGGUGGAAGAUUUUUGGUGAAAUCGAAUGUCUGGCAUUGUUAAUAGGUUGCCUAUGUCACGAUUUGGAUCACAGAGGCACGAAUAAUUCAUUUCAAAUUAAAGCAUCAUCACCAUUAGCUCAAUUAUAUUCAACUUCAACGAUGGAGCAUCAUCACUUUGAUCAAUGCAUUAUGAUCCUAAAUUCACCCGGAAAUCAACUUUUGGCUAAUAUUUCUCCAGAAGAGUAUUCCAGGGUGAUUAAAGUUUUGGAAGAGGCUAUAUUGUCUACAGAUUUGGCUGUGUAUUUUAGAAAACGUGGUGCAUUUUUCAACGUCAUCAGAGACGGUCCUUGUUGGGCCGUGGAAGAACACAGAGAACUACUCAGGGCCAUGUUAAUGACUGUCUGUGAUUUGGCAGCCAUCACCAAACCUUGGGACAUUGAAAAGCGAGUGGCUGAACUUGUAUCUUCCGAGUUCUUUGAACAAGGCGACAUAGAAAGGGAAAAACUCAACAUUACGCCAAUUGACAUAAUGAAUAGAGAAAAAGAAGAUCAACUACCUCUAAUGCAAGUGGGCUUUAUUGACUCCAUAUGCCUUCCUAUUUAUGAGGGUUUCGCGAAGCUUUCCGACAAACUGGAACCCUUGGUUGAGGGUGUCAGGCAAAACAGGGUUAAAUGGAUGGAGAUCGCAGCAGCGAACAGUUUGGUGACCCCAGAAAACUCCGAAGUAAGAGAUGACAAUGACAACGUCUCGAAACCUACGACGCCCGAGUCAAAAAACGGCAACGUCGCAUCUAUGGAGAACUGUAACAAUUGCUCUUCGAUUUCCGAUUAGUAAAUUUAAUGGUGAAUAUUCGCACAUAAGCAUUAAAUUGUGUUAAUAAAGAAAUAUAGGAAAUUUAUACAGUGGAUCAAAAGAAUAUUGGCAGCAUAUAGAAGAAAAAAUGUUUGAGCUGUAGAAGUUUGUUAUACAUUUUAAUUGAAAGGUAAUUUCUAUAUUUGUAUACGUUUUCCAUCAAAAUGAAAAUUUAAUUUUUUAUAUGAGGCCAAUUUAGAAACAAAUGUUGAAUUUGUACAUUAAUAAAAUGUAUAAAAAUAUUUGGAUUUAUAAUUCUAUAAACACUUAUUUUUUCAUCAUAUCUUUCUAAAAAAAAUAACUUGAAUAUUGAAAAUUAUUAUUGUUAUACGAAUUAUUGCAUGGGCACAAUACAAAUAUCCUUAUUUUUUAAAUUAUUACCCUUUUAUUACCUUUAAAUCUUGUAUAUAUAACUUAUAUAAACAUUGACCGAAAGCAUUAUUUAUUAUAAAGAGUAUUUUUAGAAGGAGAAAUUUUAAUAAAAUUAAAUAAUAAUAAUUGUAUGGUUAUAUUGUCAAAGUAAAUUUAAUAAAACAAUUGUUAGAAUUCCUGUUCCUAUAAAAAAAUUUCGAAAUAUUGUAUUUUAAGGGAAAUAAAUAUACAGGGUUUUCACACGUUUUUAGCCAAUAGUUAUUCUAACUAAGUUUCAAAUAUUUUGUUUAAAAAAUAAUGCAAACAACUUGUUUUAAAC